UGUCGACAUAACUCUGGUCACAUUGCGUCGAAAUUGUAUGUCGCGUUGUUCGGCUGUUGCUCGUGUAAAAAUUAUCAAAAUUAUAGAAACGCACAAAUCGAAACCACAUAAUUUAAUGUGAGUAUUAAAACAAGGCAGCAACAAUGGGAGCCUGUGUAUGUCGCAUGAAUCCCGACAAUGAGACAAUGAGUGUUUCCUCCGCAAGUGCUUCGCGUCCGGUCAGCGCAGGGAUUGCUUUGGGGGGCGCUGCGCGUAAAAAUCGCCCACUGUGCCAUGAGACCAUAAAAUGGCGUUCGGACGUACCUUUAACCGAAGGACAACUGCGCUCCAAACGUGAUGAGUUUUGGGACACGGCUCCUGCGUUCGACGGGCGAAAAGAGAUUUGGGAUGCACUUCGAGCGGCCACAAAUGCAGCCGAAUGUCUGGAUUUUCAAAUGGCCCAGGCAAUACUAGAUGGCGCUAAUGUAUCAGUACCCAAUGGCUACCUCACAGAAUGUUACGAUGAGUUGGGUACACAAUACAAGGUGCCUAUUUACUGUCUGUCAUAUCCAAUUAACAUUGUAAAAGAGGAGAAUGGACGAGAUUCGCCAGCUGAAUACUCAGAACCCGUAGAUGGAGGAACCGAAAUCUUUCUUAAGCUGCGCAUAUCAUCCUCAAUGACUGAUGUUAAACUGCCGGUAUACUCUAAGGACACGGUGGGACAAUGCAAGAAAAAGCUGCAGUCUGUUGAGGGAGUUGAUGCGUGCUGCCAACGUUGGUUCUACAGUGGUAAGCUGCUUGGCGAUAAGGUGCCCAUUGAUGAGUGCAGCAUACACCAAGGCUAUGUGGUGCAGGUCAUUGUUAAUACGGAGCACUACAAUCACGACAACAGCACGAGUAUUGUUCACAUGUCGCUUGCGAGCUAGCAAUGCACCAACUCCCAACUAGUCAUCAUAGGUAUCAACAGCGGCAACAAGCUUUGUGAACAGCAUCAACAACCGGCUAACAGCAACAACAAUAGCAACAACGCCAAAUACUCAGGCAGCAGCACAAUGAGCUUUCAUAUAAUGCACAAAGAGCAACAACAAAAACAUCGACAGCAAACGUAUUGCAUUUAUCAAAAGCACCUGCACAAUGCUGAUAGCCUUGUUUUGUUUUUUUUCUUUAUGGCUGUUCGCCUUGUUGUUGUUGUUGCUGAAUUGCUAUUGCAAUACAUACAAUUCUGAGCAAAAACAAAAAUUUAUGAAAAAAGCUUAAA